AUGAUGAUUGCCUACAGUCUACUCGCUCUCUGUCUUGCCACCACAGCUUCUAGCCGGCCAUACCCUACGUUGACGGGCUGCAAGGAGGUCAAGAUACCAAUCACCGUCAACGCGCCCCGUUUCAUCGUGAAUGCGACGGUCAACGAUAAUUGGGAUGUGGUAGCACUAACACUGAACUUGACCAGACGGGAUUUUGGCAACCCCACUGAUCCGUUGCCGAUCGCCGGGACUACAGCUGCGCCGGUGGAGAGCAAGUUCAUUGUCGGGGCCACGAUAUGCGGGACAGGAGGCCCAGUACUGAUUCUAACUCAUGGGAUCAUUGAGUCUAAGCUGUACUGGCGCCCGACCUUCGAGGGCGCCGAACAGUACAGCUUCGUCGAUGCCGCCAUCGCGGCCGGGUACUCCGUUCUCAGCUAUGACCGGAUAGGCGUUGGUUCCUCCUCGAAAAUAAACGCCCUCACAGACGCACAGUUCCAAGUCGAAGCCGCCGUCCUCGCCUCCCUCGCCUCCUACGCGCGACGCUCCAUGCACGCCAGCAAAGUCGCCCUCGUCGGCCACAGCUACGGCUCCUACCUGUCCAUCGCGGCCGCCGCGUCCGCCUCCACCAUCGACGCGCUCGUACUGACAGGCUUCGGCGGCAACUUCACCUACUUCACCCCCUUCCUCGCCGGCUCCGCCUUCCGCGUCGCGCGGCUGCAGGACCCCGGAAGGUGGGGCGCGCUGGAUGCCGCGUACCUCGCGUCGGCGGACGUGUACGCCGAGACAUACGCGUACUUUGGCGGCGACUACGAGCGCCGCGUAGCAGAGUGGUCGCACGCGGUGGGCAGCGAGCCGUUCGCGGUCGCGGAGCUGCCGUCGCUGCUGGCGAGCAGUGGGGGGCCGCUGCUGGACUUUGGGGCGGUCACGGCACCGGUGCUCGUUCUGCAGGGCCGGUUUGAUCUCUCGGCGUGCGGGGGGGAUUGUGUGGGGUUGCUGGAGCCGCUGAGGGCGCAGUUUAAAGGGGCGAGGGUGCUGGAGACGGUGGAUGAUUUGCCGGCGGGACAUAACCUCAACUUGCACAAGGUUGCUCUGCGGGCGUUUAAGAUGGUUUUUGAUUUCCUCAAGCGCCAGGGCGUGUGAUGGGUUUCCCCAUCACGGUCAAUUGGUACUAGGUAGCGAUGAAGGGGUCUAGGCAAUACAAACCGGUGAUAAUAUCGUGUAUACGUUUCUCUGCUAGUGGCUAGCUAUCUUGCAUUUCAGCAAAUGUACGGAGUAGCUGCACACCGUAUCUACGGAAUAUUGCCAGCCUUGAAAUUCUAGAACCCUUGCUUCAAUCACGACUACAUGUAGUAAAGAUAAGAUGAUCAUAAGAUUAACUUCCUCCGAUUUCAGGAUCUUGAUGAGUUUCGGUCAAAU